AUGCGCGAGUGCAUCACCCUCCACCUCGGCCAGGCCGGCAUCCAGACCGGCAACGCGUGCUGGGAGCUCUUCUGCCUCGAGCACGGCAUCCAGCCCGAUGGCCAGAUGCCGUCCGACAAGACGAUCGGCGGCGGCGAUGACGCGUUCAACACCUUCUUCUCCGAGACGGGCUCGGGCAAGCACGUCCCGCGCACCGUCUUCAUCGACCUCGAGCCGACCGUCGUCGGCGCGUACACCAACCUCAACCGGCUCACCGCCCAGAUCAUCUCGUCGAUGACCGCCUCGCUCCGCUUCGACGGCGCGCUCAACGUCGACCUCACCGAGUUCCAGACCAACCUGGUCCCGUACCCGCGCAUCCACCUGGCGGUCGCCUCGUUUGCGCCCAUCAUCUCGGCCGAGAAGGCGUACCACGAGCAGCUCUCCGUCGGCGAGAUCACCAACGCCGUCUUCGAGCCCGCCUCGAUGCUCUGCAAGGUCGACCCGCGCCACGGCAAGUACAUGGCGUGCUGCCUCAUGUACCGCGGCGACGUGGUGCCAAAGGACGUCAACGCGGCGGUCGCCACCAUCAAGACGAAGCGCACCAUCCAGUUCGUCGACUGGUGCCCCACUGGCUUCAAGUGCGGCAUCAACUACCAGCCGCCCACGGCCGUGCCGGGCGGCGACCUCGCCAAGGUGAUGCGCGCCGUCACGAUGAUGUCCAACACGACCUGCAUCGCCGAGCUCUACUCGCGCAUCGACCACAAGUUCGACCUCAUGUACGCCAAGCGCGCCUUUGUGCACUGGUACGUCGGCGAGGGCAUGGAGGAGGGCGAGUUCUCCGAGGCGCGCGAGGACAUGGCCGCCCUCGAGAAGGACUACGAGGAGGUCGGCGCCGACUCGGCCGAGGGCGACGGCGAGGAGGAGGAGUACUAG